AUGGCACCGAAAAGAAAGGCACCACCAGGGUCCGCGAAGGUGGUAGCCUCGAAGAGUGGGAAACUGUCCGACACAGCAACUCCUGGGCCCGGAACGCCUCGCAGUGUUGCCAGCUCGGGGCAAUACUCCGACGACGACCCUCUCAGCGAGACAGAAGAAGAGAAUCUCGAUAAGGCUGUGCACAAAUUCAGCCUUGACAACAUCCCAACAAGUCGUCCCAGCCAUCUGGAUGCAGCAUCCCGCUUCUUUGGUAACCGGGACUUCUCGUUUCUGCAACUCAAGCCUGACCACCACAACCGACCCUUGUGGAUGGACCCGGAACUAGGCUUCAUCAUACUCGAAAGCUUCCACCCGCUUGCACCGCCAGCCCAGGACUUUUUGAUCACCAUCGCCGAACCUAUCUCGCGACCGACUUUUCUCCACGAGUACCGAUUGACGAUGCACAGUCUAUACGCCGCCGUGUCAGUCGGCCUGAACCCGUUGGAUAUCAUCAAUACGCUGAACAGGUUCCUCAAAACGCCUGUGCCGGACGGUGUACGGGAUUUCAUUAUCCGAACUACAGAUAGCUACGGCAAGGUCAAGCUGGUGCUGAAAAACACAAAGUACUUUGUUGAAAGCAAUGACCCUGCCAUCCUGCAAAAACUACUCAAAGACCCUGUGAUCGGCCCGCUGCGGGUGCACGAAACCGAGGAGAUCUCGACAACAAUGGCUCCCAAGAUGAACGGGCUUGUAAUUCCGGGUACAAAGAAUGCGGCUGGUGUUCGUCAAGCGAAGGAUCUACAGAAAGGGGCUCCGGAAAAAAGCACAGGUGGUGUGGAAGAGACGCCAGGAGACAGCGCCCCAAGGGCUGGUGCUAUUGGCGACGAUAUGUUUGCAGUUCUGAACGAAGAGGAAGAUGCGGACGACGACGAUAAGGACGCCGUCCACGCAUUCGAGGUGAAAGACCAGGGCAUCGAGGUAGUUCAGAAGCGGUGUCUUGACCUAGGCUACCCAGUUCUCGAGGAGUACGACUUCCGCAACGACGAGGUGAAUGCCAAUCUGGACAUCGACUUGAAACCGAACACGCAAAUCCGGCCGUAUCAAGAGAAGAGUCUGAGUAAGAUGUUCGGAAACGGUCGGGCAAAGAGUGGUAUCAUCGUGCUGCCGUGUGGCGCAGGAAAGACGCUCGUGGGGAUCACUGCAGCCUGUACCAUCAAGAAAGGCGUGAUCGUGCUAUGCACAAGCUCUAUGUCGGUGGUACAAUGGCGGCAAGAAUUUCUUAAAUGGUCCAACAUCAACCCCGACGAUAUCGCAGUUUUUACGUCUGACAACAAGUCCAUGUUCACGGGCAAUACGGGCAUUAUUGUGACGACAUAUUCCAUGGUGACGCAGACACGUGAGCGGUCACACGACGCCAAGAAGAUGAUGGACUUCCUGGAAGGGCGAGAGUGGGGAAUGAUGCUGCUGGAUGAGGUGCAUGUGGUGCCAGCCAACAUCUUCCGAAAGGUGACAUCAAACCUCAAGACGCACUCAAAGCUGGGGCUGACGGCAACGCUCCUUCGUGAAGACGACAAGAUCUCUGAUCUCAACUUUCUAAUUGGGCCCAAACUCUAUGAGGCAAACUGGAUGGAGCUUUCGCAGCAGGGUCACAUCGCAAGGGUGCAGUGUGCAGAGGUUUGGUGCCCGAUGACGACGGAAUUUUACGAAGAGUACCUGAAGUCGUCUAGCCGGACAAAACAGGCGCUCUAUGUUAUGAACCCGCGCAAGUUCCAGGCCUGUCAAUACCUGAUCAACUACCACGAGUCGCGCGGAGACAAGAUCAUUGUGUUCUCGGACGAUGUCUUCGCGUUGACAAAGUAUGCGACCAAGCUUGGUAAGGCAUGCAUUUAUGGUGCGACGAGCCAGAGCGAGCGACUUCGGAUUCUAGAGAAUUUCCAGCACAACGCCAGCAUCAACACGCUGUUCUUGUCCAAGAUUGGUGACACGUCGCUAGACCUGCCUGAGGCUACGUGUCUGAUCCAGAUCUCCUCCCACUACGGGUCUCGAAGACAGGAGGCACAGCGGCUGGGCCGCAUCUUACGAGCGAAGCGCCGCAAUGACGAGGGGUUUAAUGCCUUUUUCUAUUCAUUGGUCUCAAAAGACACACAGGAGAUGUUUUACUCGUCCAAGCGACAGGCUUUUCUUGUGGAUCAGGGAUACGCCUUUAAGGUGAUCACGCAGCUGCAGGACAUUGAGAAAACGCCGGGGCUGGCGUUUGCCACGGCCCGCGAGCGGCGGGAGCUGCUCCAGGAGGUGUUGGUGGAGCGGGAAAAGCUGAUGGAAGACAAGGUGGACGAUGAUGACUUAUGGGAGAAGACCAAGGGUCGGUCGAUGAAGCGGAUGCCUGUGGCACGGCGGACUGCCGGCACUCUGGGCGAGCUGAGCGGCGGACAGGAUAUGGCGUACAUUGAGCAGAACAAGUCGGUGAACAAGAUGCUCAAGAAGGCGGGCAAAAAGGGAGAGAGCAAUGCCUUCUUCAAGAAGUUGCAGCGAGAGAAAGACCGGCGAAAGCACCAGGACGACGAGCCACAGUAG